AUGAAAAGCAUUCUCACCUCCCCGGAUCCUGAAAAGGAAAAGAAUUCUGAAGAAGCUGAAAAACUCAAGGAGCACGUUCCUAAGGAGUCAUCUGAUGAGAAGAAAGAGAAAGGAAAAGUCUCAGCAGCAGCAAUGAAAACUGUAUCUUCCAAAGAAAAAGCUGACAAAGACUUGGUAAAUAGUAUUCCACGUAACUUUAAAGUAAAGUUAUGCACACCAGCAUGCGUUGAUGUCGUGGCACAUUACAAAUCUCUUAACCUAGAAUUUGAGAGGCAAAAAGACAAAGCCUUAAAAUUUAACAAGGAACUUAAACAGAACGAGGCCGCAUAUCAGAGAAAGUUGAAUUCAACUUUAGCAGAAAUGCAAACUCUAAAAGAAUUUGUUUUUAGAAAAGAUUUCAUCAUCAACGAUCUCACUGACAGACUAGAAAAAGCUUUGAACGAAAAUAAUAAAUUACAAAUUAUCAUAGACAAAUGGAAUGUCAGUCAAAAGGCCUUUACUGACAUCAAAAACUGCCAACGACCAACGAACAGUUUUGGAAAAUUCCUCAUCGAGGAAAUUCCAGAAUUUAUUCCAUCUCGAACAGGUAUGACAGAUUCAGAAAGGGAAGUCACUGAAGAAAGCAGCAAAGAAGAUUCAAGCUUUUCUGCCACAGAAAAGAAAAAAGAAACAAGCUUUUCUGCCUCAGAAAAGGAAGAAGAAACAAGCUUUUCUGCCUCAGAAAGGGAAGAAGAAACGUCAACUUCUAAUGAAGAGCAAAAAUCAGAAACUUCAAGUGAAGAUCAAACAACAAAAGGUGAGAGCUCUGAAGAUUCAAGUGACGAAACAAAUGACGAUCAAAAUUCAGAAAGUUCAAGUGAAGAUCCAAGCUGCAGUGAUUCAAGUUACGAAGCAAGUGAAGAACAAAAUUCAAGUGAAUAUCAAACAUCAGAAAGUUCAUCAUAUUCCGACAAUGAUGAAUAA